CAAAUUACUGUUCUUUGGACAGCUCAAACAAUUCUCACAAAUUCAACAACAAUUACCUAUUGGCUAUAGAAUACUAUAAACUCUGGUUGCAUUGUCUGUACUCAAACUCAGCUCAGCCCAACCACAGAAAAAAAGCCACAAACCACGCCAUCAGCUCAAAUUCAGCACCCGAAAGAAAAAAGUGGACCAAAGCUGCCAAAGCGAGCCCCUCCCUCUACUAUUUUGUAGCACUCGCCGCCUUUCAUCAACUCUUCCCUUCUUCUUCCUCUUUCAUCAACAUUUCGACCUCUCUACCUUGGAGCGACAAAUCACUUUUAAUCACGGCUUGAACAUACACGAAUAAUCCAAUUAUUGCAUCUGCUUUUUGCAUUUACAAUAACUGAGCAAUCAUUCUGUUCAUACUCUCAACUAUCACACCACCUACACACAACAACGCGACCGACACAAUGGCGACUCCCCAGUCCACCACCUCUUACGAGGCCGAAACCGACAAGAAGCUCGAGCAGAUUACUUUCCGAUUCUGCUCCGAAUGCUCCAACAUGCUCUACCCCAAGGAGGACCAAGACGCUCACAAGCUUCAGUUCACUUGCCGAACAUGCCAGUACACCGAGGACGCCAAGUCUACCUGCGUCUUCCGCAACAACCUCAACACCUCGGCCGGUGAGACCGCCGGUGUCACCCAGGAUGUUGGCUCCGAUCCGACGGUUAGUGACCUUCCACCUAUUGUCUGCCACGGUUGUGGUGGAGUUAUCUACUGCACCUCUUGCGGCAAGCCCGAUUGCCAUAUGGUUGCCUCUUUGAACAAGAUCAGUCAGCCCAUCACGGGCAUGUGCCAGUUCACCUUGCCAUGGGAGGACCCUUCUGCCGACUACGAUGAGGAGAUGAUGGACGAGGACUCUGACUACGCCAAGACAGAGUCUGAUGACUUCCUCUCCGACGCCAGCGAGGAGUUUCUUGAAGAGAUCUCCAUGAUGUCCGAUUCAUGAGUUUUCCUCUCAACCAAACUAUAAAGCUACAUCACGACGACUAUGACUAUGACGACAUUACUGGCGAACACUAUCUACUUUGGGCUGGCACAUGCUCGGGCUUUGGUAUUAUAUUCCGGCGGCACAUGGACCGACCGUGACAUGAGUAAAAGUUGGAAACAGCAGUUGGAGCACGGGUGGCUCGCGUUUUCUUUGGAACCCGCUUGUCAUCGCUUAAAGACUGCUGGCUGACUUUAUUUUUCUUUUGCGCGCUGCAGCUCCCGCGAUCUACAAAGACUUGCCCUAGUUGCCAGCACACCGAAGCUGUCUUUUUCCAGUCUCAGCAGCGAAGCGCUGAAACCGGCAUGAAACUGUUCUACGUCUGCUGCGAUUGCGGUCACAUUUUUACUUGAACGAGACCUUGUAUCGAUACCCAGGCACCGACACGUCGCUGUGCAAGAUGGUCGCAUUAUCAUUUGUAUUUGGCAAGGCGUUUACAAAAGGUUAUGACAAGGUUCUGUCAUCGGCGCUGGGGACUUUUUAGAAAGGAAAUGGAACUUGUAUUUAAACAUGAUCCUGUAUUAGACUGCCAACGCAGUGAGCAUGGAGGAGAAGGAAUUAAAUCACGACAAGCUGCAAUUCGCAGUCUU